AUGGAGUCCCAGAUACAUCAGCUUUCGCAUCAGGAUGUUCUCAAAGACGCGUUUGCCAGCAAGGUGGAAGUCAAGCCAACUACCAGGGCAGAAAUUUUGGACCUGGAAGAGCUAAAGGACUACCAAGGACGCAAACGAACGGAGUUUGAAAACGUUUUGAAAGUAAAAAGAUCGGAUAUCAAGCAAUGGAUGCGCUAUGCCCAGUUUGAGAUCGAACAGCACGAUCUGCGAAGAGCGAGAUCGGUGUUUGAGAGGGCCUUGUUGGUCAACCACAGCCACGUACCGCUAUGGAUAAGAUACAUUGACGGCGAACUGAAAGCCAAGAACGUUAACCAUGCCAGAAAUCUGCUAGAACGAGCUACGAGCUUGCUGCCGCGUAUUGACAAGCUUUGGCUUAAAUAUGUGAUUAUCGAGGAGAGUUUGGGAAAUAUUUCCGCAGUGCGUGGUUUGUUCAGUAGAUGGUGCUCACUGGAACCUGGUCGCAAUGCCUUCACAUCAUUCGUGGAGUUUGAGACAAGGUGUGGUGAGUUCGCCAACGUGCGAGAAGUUUAUUCGCGCUACGUCUUGGUGCACCCUUCUGUAGAAACCUGGCUGGCGUGGAUAAGUUUCGAAAAAAAACACGGCAGCGUCGAUACGAUACGGCAAACUCUGUCUUUAGGACUAGAUACUUUGAGCUUUUACAACUCUACUAGUCCCGAAGAUAUCGCUACGAUUGUCAACGUUUUCGCUAAGUGGGAAGCCUCACAGCAAGAAUAUGAACGCGCCAGCACUUUAUAUGGUCUUGCUACACAAAAGUGGCCGAAUAACGAAGUCUUAGCAUCUAAUAGAGUUCAAUUCGAAAAAAUGUACGCUGUGGACUCAAAACUGGACGAAUCAGUUGUGGAAAAGCGCAAAAGGGAGUAUAGAUCAACACUAGCUACAAACCCUAGAGAUUACGAAACCUGGUGGAUUUACCUUGAACUGAUCGAAUUACAUUACCCUAAUGAGUUGGCGUCUGCGCUAGAAGCUUCGCUGGCGAACAAUGCUCCUCAAGACGACACGAAAACCACGGUGUGGCGGAGAUAUAUUUAUUUGUGGAUUCGUGCUCUCAUCGUCUUCGAAUUAAAUUUCGGGCAGUAUGGAAAAGUUCGGGCGAUGUUUGAAAUAUUAACCAAAGAGAUCAUUCCGAACAAAAGGUUCACCUUUGCCAAGAUUUGGACAAUGUAUGCUAAAUUCGAGUUACGCCAAGGAAACGUCACGACAGCUCGCAAAAUCUUGGGCUGGGCUCUGGGAACUUGCCCGAAGGACAAGAUCUACAAGGACUAUAUUCAAUUGGAAUUAGACCUAAAAGAAUUUGACCGAGUACGAAAACUUUAUGAGCACUUUCUCGCUUUCAAUCCAUAUAAUAUCUCAACCUGGCUAUCAUAUGCUGAACUUGAAGAUAAUUUAGGGGACGAGGAGCGGGCGCGUGGUAUCUACCUCAUAGCCAUGUCAGAAGCUGUUGGUUUAAACUAUGACGGACGCUUCAAGAUCUCGAAGGAAUUAAUCAAUUUUGAGACUCUUGCUGGUGAGUAUACCAAGGCUGUUGACGCAUAUAAGGACUUGUUAGAAUUGAGUUCGCACGACGUCAACAUUUGGAUAGAAUUGGCGGCGUUCGAAAGCUCUAUUCCCACAGCGGAGCAGUUGACUAGCAAACUAGACGCCUCUGAAGUUGUGGAUGAUGAUGAAGAGGAUGGGAAAGCAGAAGAAGAGGAGACUUUGGAGGUAACCGAGACACAUAAAUUGAAAUCCAGACAAGUUUUCCGAGAUGCGAUUUCCUACUACAAGAAAUUUGGGGAUAAGCGCAGUAGGCUUACUGUACUUAGGGCUUGGGCUGAUUAUGAAGACGUUCAUGGGACACCUGAGACCCAAUCCGGAGUUCGAGAGAAAUUUCCCAUAGAGAAAGUAAAGACUAGGCAACAAGACGGAAUGGAGGUGGAGUUUGUUGACUUGGAAUAUCCAGAUGAUAAAGAUGAAGAUAAAUCCCAGGAUUUUAAAGCUGAUACAAAAUCAAGGCUGUUGGCUAUGGCCCAAAAGUGGCAAAGAGAGAAGGGUUCGUUAUAA